AUGUCAUCCGACUCCCUUUCAUACAAGGUCGUGCAAUGGUCGUGGCAAUCGAAUAAAAAUCCUUGGAACGUUUUCGAGAAAAAACAGUGGACACGAUAUCCAGAUCUGGAACAACGUCUAAUUGAAGAAGAACAUAAACAAAAACAACAUUCUCAUGUGGAUUUGGGCCAAUAUAUAAUUGAUUUUAAACAAAAAAUACAGUUUCGACGCGAUGAUUCACACAAACAAAGACGAGUGAAACGCGACGAAGUGUAUUUAGGCCCAUGUAUAAAAGUGGAAGCCAAAUUGCAUGGUAAAGAAGCUGAAGGUCAAUACAUAAUUAAACACCUAGAACAUGUAAAAGCUGGGAGUGGCAAAGAAAUUACGCAAUGUUGUGCGCGAAUGUUUACUGUUGACGCUUUUUUGUUUACGGCUGUGAACGAUGCUUUAAGACACGGAACACAUGAAAACAAAAUUGACACGCUUGGUCCUUUCUGUUAUCUAUUACAUGCACAUCUACGUAAUUCCCAAGUUGAAGGCGUUAUUACUGUCUAUCGCGGUGCAAAUUUGGCAAAGGGGGCGAUCGAUAGAUAUAGGGAAGCUAUAGGCACGAAUUUACGAUGGUUAAGCCUGAUAUCGACUACAAAAAGCCGAUGUCUAGUAGAAAGAUUGAAUCAUAGCACAUUAUUUAUUAUUGAGAUCAACGGUGAAUCUUUGUCACACCAUGCAAGUGACGUAUCUUCACUAUCGUUUUAUCCUUACGAAGAAGAAGUGCUACUCUCCGCUGGAUUUACGUUCAAAGUUACGAAAGUUGAGCUCGAUGAGAAAAAUGAUAAGCAUUUGGUCCAUCUCUCUUCCUUAUUUGGCGUUUGA